GCCAGUCAGCAGCACAGCAGACAGCACAGGUGUUAUGAUACCAAUGGGUUUUGUUUGUUUGGUUCGGUAUUGAUAAAAUUAUUAUAUACUUACCUAUCUACCUAUUAGCUUUAUCCAAGAGUACAUUUUAUCAUGAAAACAUUUUAAAAUUUUCCAUUUUAAAUCAUAUCCAUUGAAUAAGAUACAAAUAAUAAUAAUAUUGUAGAAAUGUUCAGAUCUUCGAGUUUAUUUAGAACCAUGAGUUAUUACGUUCUACGAUGUCGUUAUUCCACUCAAACCAAUACGUCGUUAUCAACAGGAGAAGGUGUUUCAAUCAGCGACAACUGUGUUAAUAAAUUAAAACAACUAUGUGACAGAAAAGAUAGUUUUCUGAGGCUUUCUGUUGAAAGCGGUGGAUGUUCUGGAUUUCAAUAUAAGUUUGAUUUGGACAGUAAAAUAGCUGAGGACGAUAGAGUUUUUGAGAAGGAUGGUGCGAAGGUAGUGAUUGAUGAGACAUCUCUGGAGUACAUCAAAGGAUCAACCAUCGACUACCAUACAGAGUUAAUACGAUCAGCUUUCAGAGUUGUUCAGAACCCUAAUGCAGACCUUGGAUGCUCCUGUGGUGCAAGUUUCUCAAUAAAAUUAGACUAAAAUAAUAGAAAUAAUAACAACAGGUAACAAUACUAACAACAAAAAUAAUAACAAUAAAAUAGUUUCUCAAUAAGAAAAAUCAUUCUACCCUAUUUAUCAUUUUAAC